AUGUCUCGAAGCUUUCUGGUGGAUUCUUUGAUCGGCAACAACUCGCCACCCUCAUAUCCGUUACCAUAUUAUGGGAACCUCCCUAAUUACAUGUUCAAUUUUUUCAAUGUGGGUUUGGGUUACCAACCGAUUAGACCAGUGCCCAGACCACCCGCCAUACCCGUGCCGGUUAAUCCACCGACGUUGGGCAUCUUGCCGAUAUCUGGACAGAGUCCUCCGUCGCCUUUAAAUAUUUCUACAAGCAAAUUACCAGACGUUUCAAUACGCAGCGAGUCUCCAUCCCGUAACAGCACGCCGACACCUCCGCCAAAGUCUCCGAGCUCCAUUAGCAACAGUUCGAAGCGCAUCCGGACCGCGUUCACUAGUACUCAAUUGUUGGAGUUGGAGCGCGAGUUCUCUUCGAACAUGUACCUGUCGCGGCUACGUCGAAUCGAGAUCGCGACCAAUCUGCGGCUGUCGGAAAAACAGGUGAAAAUCUGGUUUCAGAACCGCCGAGUGAAGUAUAAGAAAGAGGACUUGCCGUCUGGCCAGAGCCAGAAAUGCUGUUGUCUACGAACGUGCGGAAAGCGAAAGGGUGGCUGCGGGGAAGAAUCGCCUGGUCGGAAGUGCGAGCAAGACGACGAUGAAAAAAGAACGUUGAAGAGCGACGAAAGCGACGAUGGCAAAUCCGGUCGCGAUCUCGCCAUAACCGAAUGCCUCGAACGCUCGAUCGCGAAUGUAGAUGCUCGUCUUGAGGAGAAGUUCGACUUCUCGAGAAUAAACUCCAUGCAGGAGGAUCAGAUAGGCGGAUACGAGGCGCGAGAUCUUUCUCGAGGUUGCAAGAGAAGUCUGACGGAGGCAAGUGAAGGCAACGACAAGAGAAGGAAGGUGGAGACGGUGGCAGAUUAUCAAACUCCGAAUUCGGAGGCGAUUACAACUCCGGUGUUCAGAAGUAUGGGAUGCACGAAGCAUACUGUCGAGAGAAUCGUUAACUCGUAGGUUCAGAAGCUCGUACAUAAGUUCCC